AUACAAAGAUAUAGAUGGUAAAUCAAUUGAGCUGUGAGAAUCUGACCAGACUUGUAUAGGUACAAAGGGGUUUUUAAAGUAAGUGCUUCCACAGUAUUGAUAGUCACUGUUCUGGGAUACUGGCUUCAAGCAAGGGUGAAUGGGAGAACGUCUAUAAUGACGCGAUUUCUUUUUACCAAUGGGAACGCUGAAUCUAGAAUACCCUAAUUUGCAUAACACCCUUAUAAAUAAAGGAGCAGCCACCAUUGCAUUCACGUUGUUGUUCAGCUACUGGGAAGUCUUGAAAAAAAUCCUUGAAAUGCCAGAACCAGCGAAAUCUGCUCCUGCGCCGAAGAAGGGCUCAAAAAAAGCCGUGACCAAGACUCAGAAGAAGGGGGAUAAAAAGCGGAAGAGAACCAGGAAAGAGAGCUACUCCAUCUACGUGUACAAGGUGCUGAAGCAGGUGCACCCGGACACCGGCAUCUCGUCCAAAGCCAUGGGCAUCAUGAACUCCUUCGUGAACGACAUCUUCGAGCGCAUCGCCGGGGAGGCGUCCCGCCUGGCGCACUACAACAAGCGCUCGACCAUCACGUCCCGGGAGAUCCAGACCGCCGUGCGCCUGCUGCUGCCCGGGGAGCUGGCCAAGCACGCCGUGUCCGAGGGCACCAAGGCUGUCACCAAAUACACCAGCUCCAAGUAGACACGCUAUAUUAGCAACACUGUUAAUACCUAACCAACUAAAAGGCUCUUUUAAGAGCCACCCAAGAUAUCUCUGAAAGAGCGUAAUUGCUGAUGACAGAUUUAAAGAGAGAAUUUUGUUUAAGC